CUUUCAACCUAUUGAGAAGGAAUGCCACGAAGCAGGGAAAGGGUCACUUGGUCUAUUUGCACCCUAAGCAGCAAUGUCAUCUAACAGACAGGUUGUCUCAACCAACCAGACUGGAGCAGCUACGAGUGCUACAUCUUGGCACUCCAAAGCUAUUGGCUCCUCUCUGGGGAGUCGAGGGUGUUCAGUUAUUAAUGACCGCUGAGCAGGCAGCACCAUGUCAGUGUGACAACUGAUCGGGUGAACGAUGCACCACUAACCACCAUGGAAACAAGGAGAAAGAAGAAGAAAAGCUAGCAGGCAUCGCUCUUGCUGGCUGGCUGGCUCGCUCUCCCUCUCCCUCUUCUCUUCCUCUCCCCUCCUCCAUUGGAUUGUGAGCUACCCACAGUCGGUGACAAGAGCUCUUGGAAAAAAAGUAAAGGAUCUCAGCCUGCUGCACAGAGAUUCCCUCCUAUUCCAGGAUCUAUCGAGACAACCAUAACGCACACUAUCAGUGCAUGCAUCGAAUCGGCUGGCUGGCAUUAGCAUCACGAUGUGGCUACCAGAACUAAGGGAUCCAAAUAUGUCGGAGUGUUCCAGGAGGGAAACUACUCUUCUCGGGUGUAUUUUCCAACACAACAAAAAUGACGGAAAACAUUGAAUCUAAAGCGUAUACUGUGAUAUAAAGAGGUUUGUGUUCAUCUCUACAACCAUCUGGAUGGACCUCAGUUUCAAAUCCAUUUUGCCAUCAAUCCUAGUGAAGAGAACACUACAAUUCCUCAAUAUGCCUCUCCUGAUUGAAGCAAGUGAUUGCAAGGGGGCAACUUAUACCCAAGAAGCAGAGGGAUUUUAUAUUUCUUCAGCAUAUACCAUUUGACAAAUGCAAGUGCUUGCCUUAUCAAAUGACCAAUUCCUUCUGUACUUAAAAACUGUAAUUGUGCAAUCAUUAAGGGCCAAUUACCUUUCUAGAAUAGAGAGCUAAGAUGAAGGACAUCCCACUCAAAAUUCACCUUAUACUUGGUCUAACAAUAAUUGCACUAGUGCAUGCUGUAGAUAAAAAAACAGACUGCCCACAGUCAUGUAUGUGUGAGGUAAGACCAUGGUUUACUCCAAGAUCCAUAUACAUGGAAGCCUGGACAGUGGACUGCAAUGAUGUAGGUCUCUCUACUUUCCCAGCCCAACUGCCUGCUAAUACGCAAGUUCUACUUCUACAAGCUAACAACAUUCAAAAAAUUGAAUACUCAAAAGAAUUUCCAGUAAACCUCACUGGUUUGGAUUUAUCUCAGAACAGUUUGUCCUCGGUGGCUAAUAUUGAACUUCGCAAGAUACCGCAGCUUCUUUCAGUGUACUUGGAGGAAAAUAGACUUACAGAAUUGCCUGAUGAAUGUCUCUCAGGGCUGAGCAACCUCCAGGAGCUCUAUGUUAAUCACAACCUGCUUUCUGCAAUUGCACCAGGAGCUUUCAUAGGCCUCGAUAAUCUUCUUAGGCUUCAUCUCAAUUCAAAUAGCCUGCAACUGAUCAACAAAAAGUGGUUUGAAGCUAUUCCUAAUCUGGAGAUCCUAAUGAUUGGAGAAAAUCCAAUCAUCAAAAUCGAAGAUAGGAACUUUAAGCCCCUUAUCAAUCUGCGGAGCCUGGUUUUAGCAGGCAUAAAUCUCACAGAAAUACCAGAUAAUGCCUUGGCUGGACUUGAAAAUUUAGAAAGCAUCUCUUUUUAUGACAACAGAUUAGUUAAAGUGCCCCAUAGAGCUCUUCAAAAGGCUACAAAUCUUAAAUUUUUGGAUCUAAACAAGAACCCUAUUAACAGAAUACAAAGGGGGGAUUUUAGCAAUAUGAUACACCUCAAAGAAUUGGGAAUUAAUAACAUGCCUGAAUUGAUAUCAAUUGAUAACUUGGCUGUUGAUAAUCUGCCAGAUUUGAGAAAAAUUGAAGCGACCAAUAACCCAAGAUUAUCGUACAUACAUCCAAAUGCAUUCUACCGACUUCCCCGACUAGAAUCUCUCAUGCUUAACAGUAAUGCACUUAGUGCCCUGUACCGUAGUACAAUUGAGUCCUUGCCCAAUCUUAAGGAAAUCAGCAUACAUAGCAACCCAAUCCGAUGUGACUGUGUCAUCCGAUGGAUCAAUAUGAAUAAAACCAGCAUUCGAUUUAUGGAACCUGAGUCCUUAUUUUGUGUGGAUCCUCCUGAAUUUCAAGGCCAGAACGUUAGGAAGAUUCAUUUCAGGGAAAUGAUGGAAAUCUGCCUUCCACUGAUAGCCCCAGAAAGUUUUCCUUCAAAACUAAAUUUGGAAACAGGCAGCUACAUUUCCCUGCACUGCCGAGCAACUGCAGAACCGGAACCUGAAAUAUACUGGAUAACUCCAUCAGGACAUAAACUUUUGCCCAACACUGUUUCGCUGAAAUAUUAUGUACAUUCAGAAGGCACACUUGAUAUCAGUGAGAUAACACAAAAGGAAAGUGGUCUAUACACAUGCAUAGCAACUAAUUUAGUUGGUGCCGAUUUAAAAUCCAUUAUGAUUAAUGUGGAUGGAUCUUCCUCCCAAGACGACCAUAAAUCUUUGUCCAUUACUGUAGAAAGUGUGCAGUCUCAUUCCAUCCUAUUGUCCUGGAAAGCAAAUUCCAAAAUAGUAAAGCCUGCCAUCAGAUGGACUGCUUUUCCAAAGGAUGGAAGCUCUUUGGCAUCCCGGAGCACUCGAAUCCCAUCCCAUAUCAAAGUCUACAAUUUUACACACCUUACUCCAUCAACGGAAUAUAAAAUUUGUAUGGAUAUUCCUACUGUUCAGUUGCAGGAUGCAAGGCAAUGCAUCAAUGUCACCACAAUAGGAUUGGAUCCAGAAGUGACAAAUUACGAGAAAAUCAACAUCACCAUGUUUCUUGCCUGCCUUGGUACUCUUUUGGUAUUUUUUUGUGUACUGUCUCUCUUCAGUUGCCUCUCCCACGAAAUGAACUGUGAUACAGGACACAGCUAUUUCAGGCACUACCUGAAGAAACAACCCUUUUCCUUCAGUGAGCUUUAUCCUCCUCUAAUCAAUCUUUGGGAUACUGGCAAAGAGAAAAGCACAGCACUUGAAGUCCAAGCAACAGUUAUAGGGGUUCCACCAAACAUGUCAUGAAAUAUCAAGCAUUACUAUACUUGGUGUUUUAUACCGGGCAUGCACAAGACUAUAACUGUGCUCAAUAAAAAGGCAAAAAAAAAGAAACCCUCUAUAAAAAUAAAAACUUGGUUUUUGCUGAUGGUGGUGGCUACAAAUAUAAAAUGUUACCAGUGUGGUAUUUUUAAAAAAACAAAACACCUGUCUUUGAAGAGCUCUGUGCCAACCAAAUUGUUUUCUAGAACUUUAUAAUGUGACUUCUUAUACUCUAAGAGGCACUCAAUACUGUUGAAACAGUGCAAGUAGAUGAGAAAAUUUUCUGUAUUUGUUGUUUUUUUUAAUUAAAUGUAGGAAUAGUGGAACUGAAUAAUGCCCUCCUCCUGUGCUGUAUGACACACAUUAGCCACGAGCUUUUGCAGUGAACUGAUAAAACUAGAAUUGACACGUGGUGUAAUGAAAUGGAUACAUUCUGUAGAGUAGACACAGUGAGUAUGUGAAACUUUUUUAAUGGGGAAAAAUACAAUUUUUGAUUACAACCAAAA